AUGCGAUUCUCAAAAACUAAAUCUGAUAAUACAACAUUAUUAAUUAAUGAACAUGAGACAACAACGUCUCCAAUAUCAUCAGUGUCGCAUAGAAAUCAUCAUUCGUCUAUUCAAUGUCAUACCUUACUAGAAGAGCAUAUGCCAGAUUCUAAAGAUAAAUCAUUACCAUCUUCAGAAUAUAUUUAUACUGAAAUUGUUAAAGCAAUUGGAAAUAAUGAAUUUAUUGAAGAAAAACGUUUACUUAAACGAGCUAGUUGGAGUCCAGGUGUCCCUCAAGAACAUGGUUUACCACCAACUGGAAAACGUACAGACAAUGAACAAUUAACAACAAAUAGAAAUUCUAAUCGAGUACGCAUAAGACCAAAAGUAGCCAGAUAUUUUCAACCACAACAAAAUUCACACUAUCAUCAAAUAUCUUAUGGAAGACCUGCUUCAUUUAAUGAAGGAUUCAAUCGUCAUUCAGUUGAUCCUCAAUCAAGAAAACUUGCAAAUUCAUUUUUAAAACAUAAUGAUAGUUUUUCAUAUCAACAGCGUGAAUCCUCACCUUCUCUCUCAUCAUCUUCAGUUGAUGCACUAGUACAUGUUACAGGAUGUACAUCACCUUCAUAUGACAAUAGUGAUUUUAUGAGUGAUACAUCAACUGCAUCAUCAAUAACAACGGCAAAUACACUAACAUCUUUAUCUUCAAUCAUUCCUUCUCAUAUAUCACGACGAACAAGUCCUAAUAGCGAACGUAUUCAUCCAUCAAUAAAACGUCCAUUAUUAAAUGAAUAUCAACAACAAAAUUUAACACCUAUUGAUUACAAAUUUUCCUCACCAGCUAUUACUGUUCGUUCAAUAUCUCCAAUUUCCUUACCUCCAUCUAUUUCUACUUCUAUAACUUCUUAUGCUCAAUCAAAAGGUCAUGAACAGUCAUUGUCGUCUGCCAAAGGGUCAUCACUAAAUCAAUGUACAGAGUUUACUUCACAAACAUUAACUGCUGAUACAUCUCGAGACAACAUUGGUCCUUCAACCACAAUAACGACACGUAGUAUAAUGACUAUGUCAAUGUCACCUAAUCGCCAUCAUAAUCAAACGCGUUCGGCAAAGGCUAUCAUCACAUCAUCUCAAAUAUCGCCAUCACCAAACGUCACAAUCAUGACAAACAAUAGCGAUGGAUUAAAACAGCAACAGCAACGAGAUCAAACAGAAUCGUAA